ACUCCAAGGACAAGGAGCAGCAACAUACCCCCUGCCCCUUCUGCUGCCCCCCCACAACCAGGGGGACCCCGAGCUGAUGUUCAGGGGUCCAAACAGGAGCUUCUCAGAGGUUCCACAGGCUCUUUGGGUGCAUGUAGGGGGUCAGCCUGGAGGGUCUCAGCGGCGUCCCAACACCUGGGGACCCAGGUGGCACCAGCAGAGGUGGGAGAGCGGUGGGCCCAGCCCCUGCAGUGCUGUUGACACCCAUCACUGCCACCUCCACGGGGGCAUCCCGUGGUGACAGAUCCCAUGGAUCCCAUGCUAACACACCCCCCCAGCCCCUCUGCUGACCCCAGAGGGACAGGGCACGGCUGGGGCACCGUGGGGACGCCUUGGAGCAGCCCCCCCGUCCCCCCGUCCCUCCCCAAUCCCAUGGACGAGCUGCUGCCUGGGGAGGUGUCAUGGCGGCCCCUGUGCCCCGGUAGGUGUCAUGGCGGGCGCAGGAACCGGAAGAGCCGCGUCACGUGAUGCUCCCUCUUCCGGGUGCGGGCGGUGGGAGCGCCCGGUAGUGGCGGGGAGGGCACUGGGAGAACUGGGGAGAACUGGAGGGGAACUGGGGGCACAAGGAGCUCGAGGGGUGCCCAGAAAAGGGCACUAGGGGCCCACAGGGGGUACAGGAAUAACUGGGGAUGCUGUCGCGGGGCCGGCGGCUCCUGCGCUCCUGGAAAUCCCUGUUCACGGGGAGGCUCCUGCUCCUCACCAACACCCUGAGCUGCGGGGGCCUCCUGGCAGCUGGAGAUUCCCUGCAGCAGGAAUGGCACCGCCGGAGGCACCCGGAGAGCCAACACCAGCUGGGCCGAACUGUGCAAAUCCUCCAUCCCUGCCCCUGGUGUCGUUCCCAGGUCGGAUGUUUGCCGUUGGCUGCAGCAUGGGCCCCUUGAUGCACUACUGGUACCUCUGGCUGGACUCGGCGUUCCCGGCGCGGGGCGUGCGGAGCCUCCGGACGGUCCUGAAGAAAGUCCUCAUCGACCAGCUCGUGGCAUCACCCGGCCUGGGCGCCUGGUACUUCCUGGGCAUCGGCACCCUGGAAGGUCAUUCUCUGGAGGAGAGCUGGGAUGAGCUCAAGGAGAAAUUCUGGGAGCUUUACAAGGCCGACUGGUGCGUGUGGCCGGCGGCUCAGCUCCUCAACUUCCUCUUCGUCCCUCCCACCUACCGGGUGGUUUAUGUCAACGUGGUCACCCUGGGCUGGGACACCUACCUGUCCUACCUCAAACACAGGCCUAGAGCCGCUCCAAGCCCCAAGCAGGACUCUCCUCAGGAGGAGCAGCAGCGCAGUGCCAGGGCAUAGAGAGGUGGAUGUGGCGCUUCCAGAGGCUCCUGCCUGCAGCAAAUGGCAUUUUUGGGGGGGGCAUUGUGGCCCCUGGGGAUUGAUCAACCCAAGGGGAGUGAUGGCUGGAGACCACCAAGGCCAGACCCCCCCCCAGCCACGUGCCUCUUGCUGAUUAACCCAUCUGCUAAUUAGGAUGGGUUGGGGUUGUGUUGGUAACAAUCUCCUGUUGCAGGAUGACCUGUAAAGUGAUUUCUUCUGGGAUUUACCCCUGGAGCCGGGGUGAGGAGCUGCUGCAGCCCCCAGGAAAGGGCUCUGGUGCUUUCCCUGGCUGCUCCAGGCUGGAUUUGUUCCCUCUCUCCAGAGCAAACUUGCUCCUCUCCAACCUCCUCAGAUCCACUCCAGCCACUCAGAUCCUCACUAAUUAAUCAGGAAGGAAUUCUUCCCUGUGAGGGUGGGCAGGCCCUGGCACAGGGUGCCCAGGGAAGCUGUGGCUGCCCCUGGAUCCCUGGAAGUGCCCAAGGCCAGGUUGGAACAACCUGGGCUAGUGGAAGGUGUCCCUGCCCGUGGCAGGGGGUGGCACUGGAUGAGCUUUGUCCUUCCACUCCAAAGCAUUCCAUGAUUCAUUUUGCCUGCUUGGCAGAGGGAGGAUGCCCCUCUGCAGCUCCUCGUUCCUUCCCCUCCUGCUUUUUGUCUUGCAGCUCAAGGAUGGAAUCACUCCACUCCCCCACCCUCUGCUCCUGUUCCCCCCAUUCCCCCCUUCCCACCCCCCUGGCUGUGGGGGCUGGAGCCUCCCAGCUGGGAUAUAAAUAGGGGUGUGAUCACACCAGUCUGCUCUGCCGAGCCUGGGAGGCAGCUGGGAGGGGGGGUUGGAGGCAAAUUUUAGCAGGAUUUGGACCAUCCCAUCCUCCUUCUCCCAGCCCUGGGCGAGCUGGACACUCCCUGCAUCAGCCAGGAGCUGAAUUAUUUCCAGUAUCAAUGAAAACUGCCUAAAUGUGAUUUUUUUUUUUCCUUAGUUUUCAAGCUGUGCCUUAAGGCUCUGCUCUUGUGCCUCCUGGUGUCACAGCCCUGGAGGGACACAAUCCCUCCUUCCACAGCAGCAGGAGCCAGUUGGGGAAUAAUAAUUAAAAAAAAAAAAAAAAAACAACAACAAACCCCAGAUAAUUUUGGCUCCUCUCUGGCAACUCAGGGACACCCCAGAGCAGAGGGUGCACCCCACUGUCCCCUCUGUGCCCACAACGACCCCGAGGGACCUGUGUGAUCAGCAUCAAUUUAUUUCUUCACAACAUUUCUUUUUAAUACAGUGAUUUUUAGGAAAUUGUACCCUUUUUUUUUUUGUUUUGUUUUUUUUGACACUUUUGACAUUUGUACAGUACAGUGUAACUCUUCCAUAAGUAAACUUCACAAAAAAGAGGGAGGGGGCUGGAAAAGGGGGGAGAGGGAGGAAGAUGGAAUUAUGGGAGGGGAGGGGAAAGAGGGGAAGGGGAAAAAAAAACCCUGUGAAAUAAAAGACACGGCGCUCCAAGAAAAAAAAAAUAAAUAAAGGGCAGCUCUUGUCAUUGCUACGGGAAUAUCCACUUAUUCACAGUCUCCACAGAAGCACAGUACUACAGGAACACGAGAUUCCCAAAUCCCUGGAGCAAACCAGCAACACUCUGCUCGUCCCCCCCCCCUCCAAACCCCGGGGCUGAUUCACUCCAGGUCUCUUGGCCUCGCUGAUGUUACUUAAUGAACUCAUUUCCUUUUAAAUCUUUUAAAUAAUAAGAGAUUUCGGUUUGUU